GCUGCUGCUGCCAUAACCCAACUGCAAACCCUUCCCCCUCUUCCCUCUCUCCUCCCUGCGAUUCUUCUCCUCCUCCUCCUUUCCACUCCCCCAGGUAUAAGGGCUGGGCCAGGUGAGCCGGCUCCUCCUGUCUCCGUCCCAGAAGCCCCAGCAGGCAGAAGAUGAGCCACUGGUCCCUCGGGGACACGCCAUAGGAGAAAGCUCCCAGACACCAAAGAAGGGACCCCCGCACCCUCUCACUCACCCAGGUCAUCAUGGGACAGUGUCAUUCUGCCAAUGCUGAGGAUGCCCAGGAGUUCAGCGAUGUGGAACGGGCCAUUGAGACCCUCAUCAAAAACUUCCAUCAGUAUUCAGUAGAGGGGAAGAAGGAGACGCUGACGCCUUCUGAGCUUCGGGAUCUGGUCACCCAGCAGCUGCCCCACCUUAUGCCGGGCAGCUGUGGGCUGGAUGAGAAAAUCGCCAACUUGGGCAGCUGCAAUGACUCCAAGUUAGAGUUUGGGAGCUUCUGGGAACUAAUCGGAGAAGCAGCCAAGAGCGUGAAGCUAGAGAACUUGACUCGGGGAAACUGAGCCUCCCCCACCACCACCCAGGAGUCUUGGGAAGGGGUGGGAAGCCACCCCACCCUCAGACUGUGUAAACAUAAAAAUAAAAGUUUCUCUCUUCUACCCCAGCUCCCCACCCUAUCCACCUCCUCCCCCCCUAAGACUUUGUGUAUACCUUCCUCUCCUACUGGGGCAUUCAUCCCAUUGAAUGCUCCCUAGGGUUUUGGGAGGUAGGAUUGGGGUCCCUGCAAAGUAGAAGGUACAGGAGGGGAAACAAGGUGGAGGGUCAGAUUUUUAGGGACGAUGGUGGCAUGAACUGGAGUGGAGAGGGCAUUCAGAAGGGAUCUGGGGACUGAUUUAAGGGAGGGAUGGGUAUGGGGGCUAGGAGAUUAGAUAUUUGGUGCUAAAAGAGCUUCUGGCCCUCACUCCAUUCUGAGGUAUAACCGUCCAGCCGGGACAGGUCCCUUUCUCCUCCUUUCCUCCUUCCUCUCCCUCUCUUCUUCCACCCACACAUCCUGGGACCCUAACCUUUCUAGGGUUUUAUCCCUUUAGAAAAGGAAGGGGUGGGCAGAGAGGACAGUAGUUGGCCUGGGACUAGGGAGGGUGUGAUUUUGAGGGUGAGGGGGCUUGGUGCUUUGGGCAUUUGUGGAAUGAUGGUCGUUUUGUAUCAUUU